GUUCAGAGUUAGAAUCACUGCGGAGUGGUGUGCAUUAGUGUUCAGUCAGUGGGUGGAUCCCAAUAUCAUAAUAUUUUUAUCGCGAGUUGACUAGUGGCUGAUUGCGAGGCACUUUAUCAAACAAUUGCUUACAGACCGCCACAGACAGUUGUAGCCAGUUUGUUUCGAUCUUUGUCAUCACUAGCCGCAUUUAUGUUCGAAAUUGCGAUUUACGGAUUAAGCUAAUGUAGCAACCAAAGCCUUGGUGAAUACUAUGGUGUUAUUAUUUGUGUUAUAAGUGUUUCUAAUAAGAAUUUAAAAACAUGAAAGGCCCAACUCGGCCAGCUCCAGGCGUCCCUGGCAUGGCAAACAGAUACUCCCCUGUUACAAACUGGGACAACGACCCCUUUGGUGCAGAUGUUUUUGAGCCAUCACCACAUUUCACACAGAAAAAGAAACCGCCACCUCGUCCACCACCACCAAAGGUUGCCAAACAACCGGAUGUUCCUGCUAAACCUUCACAUUUUAUAAGGAAGCCAACAGUUCUCUCUUCCCUAUUAUCUCGUAAAUCUAAAGUAGUAGUGAAUCAAAAUAUUUAUACUGCCCAACCAAGUGCAACAGAUACAAACAGUGAAGUGGACACUCAUAAAAUGUUCCCAAAAUGUGAGCCAAAGAAUGUGCAAACGGGUGCUUUGAUAGAUCUGUCGUCACCUCCCAGUUCACCCACGUUCACCACCAGGUCCAGCAGUGAUGGUCUCAGUGUGGACAGCUUUGGUUCUGAUGCCACUACGUCUACCAACCACCAUAACGCUCAUAAUGGAGGCAAUGCCUCUCAAGCUGAGAGUGGUUUUGAGGAUGAUUUUGAUCUAUUUCUGAACACGAGGAAACCGGUGCAUAAAGAGGAUACAAUGGAUGAUUUUACUGCUGUGGAUCCAUUUUCUCCGCAGCCAGCAGUCACCAAACCUCCUCUGAAGAAGAAGCCUACAUUGGUAAAGGAUAAUAUUUAUGAGGUUGCAAGUAACUUUACGAGUCACGUAUCGGCUCCGAUCCUGAAGGGGCCAACCAUAAUAAGGGCGAAGCCAGCCAGGCCGAAGCCGCCGGAUAACUCGGCCUUGCUGAAGACUACGUUUGGAAACAGUUUCCCAGUGACCACGAUGACUGUGAAUACCACCACGCCUAUACAGAAAGUCUCUAAUGGAUUUGGCGACAGUUUCGAAACGAAGUCGCUCGGGUGGGACGAUGAAGAAUGUUCUCCAGAGAGAGAACCCUCGCCGCCUAUGCCGACCAUCCCCCCGCCUCCGCCCCCAGCUGACGCUGACGAAGACCUGACUUCGUGGCCAGCUGACAUUCCUGACUUCGCGCCUGAUCAACUUGCCAACAGUGAUGAAGAUGAGGAGCCUUACGCCAUUGCUCUUUUCGACUACUUCACUGAUCAUCCAGACGAUUUAUGCUUUUCGGCCAACUCGAAGAUAAAGCUGAUUCGGCGAGUGGACCAAGAAUGGCUGUGUGGCAGUUUGAGGAAUGGCGCCCAGGGUCUGUUUCCUUCCAACUACGUGGAGAUCAAGAUACCGCUGCCGAACGAGAGCGCGCCGCCGCCGCCGCUGAUCGCCGUCGCCACGGCGCUGUACGACUUCGAAGCCGUGCAGCCCGGAGACCUGAGCUUCCUCACCGGCGACACCAUACAGGUCAGGUACAAGAUCAACGACGAGUGGUACUUCGGCGAAUGCAACGGCCUCAAAGGACAAUUCCCCAUUAACUAUGUUCAAAUGAGUUAAACAAGGAGUUCAAUUGCGGCCCGUGUCGCUCCUCGUGCGGCUGAGAUAAAUUGCGAGUAACAUGUGAUACUGAUACAUCAAGACUGACGUCUACCAUAUUGUCGUGAUGUCACUAUUUUAUACACGGUAUUUACAUAUAUGGCAAGACUACAGUCGAUUUUUGAUGGAUUUGUUUUCCCUUGGUGCAAUACUAUUAUUAUGUAAAGGGUAACAACAUCCGUCAGAGUUGUCGCCAAUGAAAUUAAAAUAAACUUCCAAAUACAUCCGAGAAUGAAGUGUGAGCCAUGGAUUUGUACAAUUAUAAUGAUUUAUUUGCGUUUUCGCACUAAUGUUGCCAUAAUAACGUAAGUGCCCGCUUUUGCUGUAUUACCAUUUCGGGCUUUUAUGAAAUUAAUAUAUUGAGUAGUAACGUUCCCACGACUGAAUGUAAAUAAUAAGAGCUUGUAAAAUAACGUCCCUAAAUUAGACAAUGUAGAUAUUAUUUGUAAUGGUUGUGUAGUCUCUUUUCGAUCUGAUUAUUUGUUUUAAUUGAUUUGAUUAUGAUUCGUUGUUUUAUUGUAAAUCAAGAUAUCAGCAAUGGUACCCGCAGUGCGAGCUAAAGUGCAAUCAACUUAUAUUGCCAGAGAUUGAACUAACACUAGUCGUGUAAACUUGAUAUUGCAAUUCAUCGUUGUUCUUGAUAUUAUGCUGAUGCAACGUAAAACAAACCCGUUUUGUUUAUGAAUGUAUCUAUUAGUUUAUAUUUAAAAUUAAAAACAUCGUAAAACCUAGUAUUAAAAACUUAUGUAGCCCACGGGCGUGAAAUUACAGUAUAUACUUGUCUAGGAGAUUCUUUUAGGUGUCAGUUUUGUACAUUUUUUAUUGUUUCUGUUUGUGUCAUAAUUUUAAGUGUAUUAUUUGAAGGGACCAUAAUGUUAAGUGCCUUGAGUAUUUACUUAUGUGUAUAUGAUGAAGUAAUUUAUAACAAAAUAAAUCUAAUAAUUCCAAUUA